GGAAAGAGUCCCAUUCUCUCCGCUAGGAAGCUUUCCUUCACACCGAACCUGAACACGAAGACCGAGAAUAACGAGAACACCUCCUCCGCCAGCAGCUCUAGCGGCGGUGCAGAGACGACCAGUGCUGACAGCAACCAACUUAACGUCAACAGGAACCAACCCCGGUCCGGGUCCUUCUUAGACGCGAAUUGGCGCACUGUAUGAUGAUUUGCAAAUAUGUCUGGGUCUGGAAGAUCCUAAACUUGUGAUGCUGUCUCUGGAUUCUAAACAAAAUUGUGUAGCAUGACCAGCAAGAUGAGGGCUCCAGUUUGAUGUCCUACGCGGAGAGGGCAUUUCUCAUGCGGUAGAGGCAUCGCAUAGCCGUCUGAAAAUCUGUGAUGCUAGGACAUGCAUCACAGACAUCAUGGGUCAUGCAAAAUGUGCAUGUUGACAAACCUGGCAAUCUUCCAGACACAGACAUAUUUGUAGUUGACACACUGCCACGGAUCACAAGAGUUUUCAGG